CACCCCACUUCUCUCUCUCUCUCUCUCUCUCUCAUUUGGGUCUUGUCUAUUCUUUUCUCUCUUUCACAGUUUACUCUUGUUGCCCUACUUUAUCUCUCUGAUAAUGGCAGCUUGCUUCGGAUUCUCCAAGGCCAUAUUCCGAGUGGUGGCAGUGUUGGCAUUCCUCUUCUUGGCUUCUGCCUCUGCCUCCAGGGCUCCUGCUGCUUCACCUCUUGCUGCUCCUGCUCCUGCUCCUGCUCUCACCGGUGAUGGGACUUCAAUAGAUCAGGGGAUUGCUUAUGUGCUGAUGCUGGUGGCUUUGGUUCUCACUUACCUCAUUCAUCCCUUGGAUGCUUCAUCCUACAAUUUCUUUUGAGUUCCAUUCUUUGUUUUUUUUGUUAGAUUUAGGAAUGGGGUUGGGGAUUUGUAGGAGUGGAGGGAAAUUGAUGGUGGGUUUUUUUUUUGGUUCCUUUAUUUAUGAUUUAUAUGAGAUGUAUGCUUGUGGAUAUAUGGCUUUAGAGGAAUUUAUGAAUGGCAGUAUGAUAUUUAGCUUCUCUUA